ACGUAAAACCUUUUCAAAAAUUUUCACAGAAGAAGAAAUGUAUUACUAUUUCAAUUGCGAUGCUUCAAUGGAGUAUAGUACGAAUAACUACAGUAGACUGUUUCAAGAUUUGAUGAAAUUGGAGAGAGAUUACACAUUUAACCAAAAUCAAAUCAAAUUGAAGGAUGAAGAAAUUGAACGACUUAACUUGUCAAAUGGUAAACUGCAAGAAGCUAUCAAAAGAAAAAUUGCAGAAAUACAAACCCUCCACUGCAAAAUUUUCAAAUUAGAGUCAGAACUUACAGAAACUAAGAAAGAUGUGGAAAAGCAAAAAGUAAUCAAUCAAAAAUCGAUUAAUUGUUUCAAUCAAGAUCUCCAAGAAGCAAACAAGCGCAAUGAAAGUUUGAUCAACCAACACCUAAGAGACUUGAAGAAAAAGGAAUUUGAAAUGAAACAACAUUUCGAUUCAAUAUUGCAAGAGAAGGAAUAUGAAUUUAAAGAAAAGUUAAUGGCUGCCGAAGAAAAGUUGAGAUUCGAAAAACAGACGGUAACGAAUUUGACUGACCGUUUACAAAAACAAAUUGACGACUACCUUCAACUACAAGACAAAUUGAGGCAGAUAGAGGAAAAAUAUUUAUGUGAAAAGACUGCUUUUGAACAGGAACUUAAGUCCUUAGAAACUAUCCGAAGCAAUUUAACAUCGGAUUUGAUAACAGUGAAAGACACUUGCCUGAAACUAGAGCAAAAUAUGUCCAAUUCCUCAUCGGAAAUAGAAAAAUAUCAAGCAGAUCUAAAACAUUUAAACGAAGAAGUCAAAGCACUUACAGAUAGAACAGAUAAUUUAACUAUCGAAAAUAAAGUAUUAAAAGAAAAGUUAUCGGAGGCUAGUAAAAUAUACGGAAAUGCUUUAACAGAAGCUCAGGAAUGGAAGAAUAAAUACUCCGAAAUUCAAUUAAAAAUGACUGGAGCAGAAAGUGGAGUUUGCUGUGAAAUAAAACACCAAAAAUUUGACGAAUUAGAAAAGCAAAACGCCAUUCUACAAGACGUCGUAAAAACCAUGAGAAAAGAGAGGGUUCAAAUGGAACUUCAAACACAAAAUGAUAUAAGUGGUGCUGAAAGUCGUAUAGAGAGAUUAGAAACUUUGGUAAACUUGUUGAAAAAGGAAUCGUGUUAUUGUGAUAAUUGUUCUGAGGUGAGUGGGUAUAAAUAAAAAUGUCGUCAGACUUCAAGUACCAUUAAGUUGAAUUAUUUCAAGUGUUUAUCUACAAGUGUUAUAAAAUAAUCUAAAUUAAUUCCAUAUCAGUAUAAGUUCAUUUCAACAAUAAAGGGAAUUGAAGCAAAAAGGAUGUUAAG